UUUGGCCUCGCACAGGGUGCCGCUGAAAUUUGAAAUACCAGAUCAAGCAGUGUGGUUCCAGUUACCCCAGUGUCUGAAACUAAGGGGAAAGCACAUGGGACUUCCCCCUACAGCCAGAGACCUUCAAGACUCCCUUAGCUGGAGUGUAGGAGAGGGGGGAUCCCCAACCAUCUGUUUCCUGAGUUAACUGCACACAUUUAUAGGCAUCAUCUCUUUCACUUCUUUUCACUUACCAUCUCCUGAAAAGAGUAGAUCUCAGCUACUGUGUGCCCAUGGCAUCCAUAUAUUGCUAUCAGCUUGUCUUCCUAAGUCAAGUCUGGCAUGUGGUUCAUGGGGUUGCUGAUGCUGCGGAACAGGUUGUGGCAACGUGCGGUAAAGAUGUGUUGCUCCCUUGUAAAUAUUUUCAGGAUACACAAGUCUCAAAAGGGGUCGUCUCCUGGUAUAAGACUGAUGAAAUUGGUGAAGAAUGGACAGAUCUGCAAAAUAAUACAGAACAUGAAUAUUCAAGAGAUCUUAACAACUCCUCAGAGGUCUCUAAUAGCACCUGGCAUUAUCUGAAGAUUAAAAAUACUACAAGUCUUAGCAGUGGGACGUAUGCAUGCAUCAUAAGGUCACCAGUUAAAAAUGCUAACCAAAUUAGUACAGUUACAUUAAAAGUAACAGACUGUCCUGAAGAUGCAAAAUUUCAAAAAUACAGAACAGAACUUGUGAUGUUGUGCUCUCUUGGGUUUUUCUACUUGAUGCUCAUCUUCUUUGCUUGUAUAUGCCUAAAGAAGGAUAGAUCUUCAGACUAUCAAAAGGCCAGAGAAAAACACAUAGACAACAGUCGUUACCUCUUCAGUACCUGUUGAAAGGAUGGCUUCCAGUGCUCAAUAUGGCACAGCACUGGCAAAGACUUCUUCAAGGUUCUGUCCUGGCUGAUUUUGUUGAGUGCACUGGGGAUUCGUCAACAGUCAUUACUGCAAGACUAUUGGGUGGUAUGGACAUUUAAUGCACUGUUUCACCAGACUAUUCUGAAAGUUUUUAAAUUGCUCACUCCAGCUGGGGAAGUUUUCAGAGAACUGUUUCGUUCACAGUUUCAUUCACUACAAUAUGAACUUUUAGCAUCAGCCAUACCAUUGUCACAGAAGAUUAUAAACCUAAUAUUGGCAUCCUGUCUUGUUUAUGUAUCUUAAUCUCUUUUGAGUCUUUGUUCUUAAUAUGCAAAAAAUGUGCUAUGGACUGGGCUUGGCCCCUUAACCUGGCACAUAAAUUAUUGAUUGAACCAGCUCUUUCAAUAGCCACAGCUGUUGCAAUAUAUAUUUUAAGAGAAUAAUGCAUCUUCAAGUGAUCGAACAGCCAAAUGAGAGGAAACGUCACUGGAACCUACGUCACUGGAACCUCUGUCUCAACUGUAGUGUUGAUAGUCUGUGUUUACAUGUGUAUCUACUGAAAAUUAUAGAGUACACAGAAAUGAUUUCUUAGACGGAUCUUUACUUAAAGAGAAGGUAUCUCAGUAUUACUAUUUUUAUUUUAUUUAUUACAUUUGCAUACUGCCCUUCAUCUGAAGACCACAGGGUGGUUCAGAACAUAAAAAUA